ACAGCUGAGAGAGAAGAGGAGCCCCUCAACCUGCAUUGCAAAGCCAUGGCUUGGAGAUCAUGGCGAAGGAUGAAGUUGAAAAAGCCACCACUGGCUGGAUUCUGCUUCUUGCUUGCCUUGUCUGUGGUGGCAUUUACUAGUUUUCCUCCAUGGUGUCCAAACAGCUAUGUAGAGCCUGGUUUCCAAUACUUGGCACUAGCUGAACCACACAGAAAAGUUAUCCAGCCCAGGCGUCUGUGGAUGAAUACCACUGACUCCGUUGUUUGGCAGCCAAGGGGUUUUGGCCAUAGAAAAGGGGACCAAACUCCCCAUGGCACCAAUCAGAGAAGGCAAGCCUCACAUAAACCCAGGCUGGCUUACAAGCAAAAGAACAAGCCAGGUGACCAGCUCACACAAAACCACAAGCAGUUGAAAGAGAAGAGAAAGCACAAUAGGCAGAUGAGAAAACGUAACAUUAUGAAGAAAAGCGCUGAAGAAAGCAGUAAGCUAUGGUAUGAAAGCAUUCCCCUCAGGACCAACACUGAAAAGAAAAGGGAGCUUAAUGAUAAUUUCCAUGCACUUGAAAGGGAGAAAGUUGUUAUGGGACCAUCAAGGAAGGGGGCCCCCUUCUCUUCUUUUUCAGUCAGCAAUAAAAGACAUGUAUGGUCUGGAAGUCCUGGGUUUGUUACACUUCUAAAGAACUCUACUGUAGGCCAAGUGGGGCCACAGGACCAGAACAAAGCAGGAGCACAUUCACCUGGGGCUGGGCAGCAGCAUUCAGAAUUGGUGAAAGCUUUUCUCUCAGAAGCAGGUAACAGGCUUCCCUUCAAAAACACAACUGGUGCUAAGAGAUGGGCAGACAGUCUCUCACAACAUCCUGGAGAACAGGGAGGUCACUUUUGGAUGGACAUGGCAGAGAGGUUACAAACCUCUGAGUGGUGUAUGAAGAUGCCAGAGGCUGCCUUUCCUGCUCAAAGAAAAGGUGGCCUGAGGUUUGGUGGGAAGAAACCACCGUGGCUUACAGAGGACGAUGUGCAGAAGAUGAAACUUUUGGCAAACAGUGAGGUGGUGUCCAAAACCAGAAUUCCUGCCCAUGGGCAAAUACUCAGAGUUAGCCUUUCAGCUGGCCAGGACACAGUCUCCUCUGACCUGAAAAGACCUUGCUUGGACGGGUUCUGUGGAUUAAUAAAACGGCCCAGUGACCUCUAUGAGGUUCUAGCCUUCCAUUUGGACAGAGUAUUGGGGUUGAACAGGAGUCUGCCUGCAGUGGCCCGUAAAUUCAAGAGCCAUCUGCUUCCCUACAAAUACACCAACGGUGAAGCGAGACCCAUUAUAUGGUGGGCACCAGAUAUCCAGCACCUUGAUGAUGUCAACAAUGACCAGAACUCCUUUGCACUAGGGUGGCUUCAGUACCAGGAUCUACUGCAGCUGCGGUGCGGCAUGGUAGAUUCCACUGCACCUCUUGGAAGAGCUCCUUGCUUGAGCAUCCAGCACACAGAAUGGACCAAAUUGGCACUCUUUGAUUUUCUUCUACAGGUUCAUGACCGCCUGGAUCGUUACUGCUGUGGAUUCCAACCAGACCCUUCCGAGCCUUGUGUGGAGGAAAUGCUCCAUGACAAAUGUAGAAACCCUAGAGAACUUGUCUUGGUCCAUAUCCUGAUCCGGAGGACUGAGCCUUCCCAGCUAGUGUUCAUCGACAAUGCGGGCAGACUCCUCCAUCCUGAAGCCAAGCUCAACUUCAGGCUGUUGGAAGGCAUAGACAGCUUUCCGCAGACAGCUGUGACCAUGCUCCAGUCAGGAUGUUUACAGAACAUGCUUCUUAAGUCACUGUACAUGGAUCAAGAGUUCUGGGAAAGCCAGGGUGGCUUUGAGGGACUUAGACACCUGCUUGAAACCAUUGACAGACGAGGACAGAUUUUACUGCAGUACAUUCAAGACCACAAUUUGACAGUCGUUAAGGACUUGUUACUUUAA